GUGAGAACAUUCCAUCACCGGGGUAACCUGACAGUGGGCCGAUCCACACCAGUGGACUUCAAGUAGGCUUUCGGUUAUGGUAUGUUGAAGGACGGCAAGAAUCAUUUGACAAUUGAGUUGUUCGCAUAAUGGCAUCUAUAACCAAAACCAAUGAAAUAAUAAAAAAUCUAAGCGGGAACAAGCAACGUCUCCUGGAGGAGAUAAACAAAAGGCGUGAAUCCAACUGCUUAGUGGAAAGAAGCAAUCAAGUCAGUUUAUUGAGAGUUCAAAAGAGGCAUUUCAGUAGUGCCUGUAAGUCCUUUACUGACAUCAAAGUCAAAGACCCUGUUCCAGACAGUGGCAGGAGUUCCUGGGUCGAACUGAAUCUCCUUGUUCACACAGAGAAAAAACAUUUUCCACCAAAAAAUAAUGCCAUAUUUGGAUAAAGUACCUCUCAAGAGACCCAUGGAAAUAUAUUCUGUUUGAUCCUUCUUCAAUGCCUGUCUAAAUUAUUUACAAAUAUUAAUUAUAA